CCUUCCUACACAAAAGAACUCCUUGGGAUUGUUUUAAAUGACUGCGGGUCUGGAAGGAUUCACACUUGCACACUGUUUCUAGACAAGAAAGAACUUUAACUUUGUUACUGGUGCAACUUUGGAUUCUGCAUUCCUCUAGAGUCACAAGAUGCUGCUUCUCAGAGCCAUUCCAUUGCUGCUUCUGGGACUGAUGGUUUUGCAAUCGGACUGUGAAAUUGCCCACUACUACAUAGAUGAAGAGGAACCUCCUGGCACCGUAAUUGCAGUUUUGGCACAGCACUCUGUGUUUAACACUACAGAUAUACCUGCCACCAAUUUCCGUCUAAUGAAACAAUUUAAUAAUUCCCUUAUUGGAAUCCGUGAGAGUGAUGGGCAGCUGAGCAUCAUGGAGAGGAUUGACCGGGAGCAGAUCUGCAGGCAGUCCCAUCACUGCACCCUGGCUUUGGAUGUGGUCAGUUUUUCCAAAGAACACUUUAAGCUUCUGAAUGUGAAAGUUGAGGUAAGAGACAUUAAUGACCAUAGCCCUCGCUUUCCUAGUGAAAUAAUUCAUGUGGAGGUGUCUGAAAGUGCCUCUGUGGGGACCAGGAUUCCUUUAGAAAUUGCAGUAGAUGAAGAUGUUGGGUCCAACUCCAUCCAGAACUUUCAAAUUUCAAAUAAUAGUCACUUCAGCAUUGAUAUGCAGACCAGAGCAGAUGGGGUGAAAUAUGCAGAUUUGGUCUUAAUAAGGGAACUUGACAGGGAAAUCCAGCCAACGUACAUAAUGGAGCUACUAGCAAUGGAUGGGGGAGUACCAUCACUGUCUGGUACUGCAGUGGUUAACAUCCGAGUACUGGACUUUAAUGAUAACAGCCCAGUGUUUGAGAGAAGCACCAUUACUGUGGAUCUAAUAGAGGAUGCUCCUUUGGGAUACCUUUUGUUGGACUUACAUGCUACUGAUGAUGAUGAAGGAGUGAAUGGAGAAAUUGUCUAUGGAUUCAGCGCUUUGACAUCUCAAGAGGUACGUCAGCUAUUUAAAAUUAACUCCAGAACUGGCAGUGUUACUCUUGAAGGCCAAGUUGACUUUGAGUCCAAGCAGACUUAUGAGUUUGAGGUACAAGCCCAAGAUAUGGGCCCCAACCCACUGACUGCUACUUGUAAAGUAACUGUGGAUAUAAUUGAUGUAAAUGAUAAUACCCCAGUCAUCACCAUUACUCCUCUCACUGCCGUAAAUGAAGGAGCUGCCUACAUUCCAGAGACAGCCGCAAAGGAGAGCUUUAUAGCCCUUAUCAGCACUACAGACAGAGACUCUGGAUCUAAUGGACAAGUUCGCUGUACUCUUUAUGGACAUGAACACUUUAAACUGCAGCAAGCUUAUGAGGACAGUUACAUGAUAGUUACCACCUCUGCAUUAGACAGGGAAAAUAUAGCAGAGUACACUUUGACUGUGGUGGCAGAAGACCUUGGCUUCCCCUCACUGAAGACCAAAAAGUACUAUAUGAUCAAGGUUAGUGAUGAGAAUGAUAAUGCACCUGUAUUUUCUAAACCACAGUAUGAAACUUCUAUUGUGGAAAAUAAUGCUCCAGGCUCGUAUAUCACUACAGUGGUGGCCAGAGACCCUGACAGUGAUCAGAAUGGCAAAGUAAACUACAGACUUGUGGAUGCAAAAGUGAUGGGCCAGUCACUAACAACAUUUGUUUCUCUUGAUGUGGACUCUGGGGUAUUGCGGGCUGUAAGGUCUUUAGACUAUGAAAAGCUUAAACAACUAGAUUUUGAGAUUGAAGCUACAGACAAUGGCAUACCUAAACUUUCCACUCGUGUUCAAGUAAAACUCAGAAUAGUUGAUCAAAAUGAUAAUAGUCCAGUGAUAACCAAUCCUAUUCUUAAUAAUGGCUCAACUGAAGUCCUGCUCCCAAUCAAAGCUCCUCAAAAUUUCUUAGUUUUCCAGCUCAAAGCUGUGGAUUUAGAUGAAGGUCAAAACUCCCAGCUCUUCUAUACCAUACUGAGAGAUCCAAGUAGAUUGUUUGCGAUUAACAGAGAAAAUGGUGAAGUAUUCUUGAAAAAACAAUUAACCUCUGACCGUUUCGAGGACUUGAGCAUAGUAGUUGCAGUGUAUGACUCAGGAAGACCUUCACUAUCCACCAAUUGCAAAAUUGCUAGGAAUUGGACAUUCUUUAACAUAAUAAACUUAAAGGAGAAUUAGACCUUUAAUAGGAGGCACUGGAUUUCAGUGCAUUCGCUGUUGUAUAUAUUCUGUACAUUUGGUGUUUGUGUAUAUAUUUCAAGUCCACAAAGACAUGUGUAUAUAGCGCAGAACUUUCUUUUUAAAUUAAAUAUUCUGAUACUUUUUUUCCUCAAUAAAUAAUUAAAUAAAAA